CCCUUUAGUAGUUUUCCUUUUAUUAUUCAUUAGUCAGUUAAUCGUUGCAGUCCUAAUUGUUUAUUGUAGCGUUCCUUUAUUUCCUUGACACACUUUAGGUUUCUUAAGAGUGGCAUUACCUUGAAAAGUCUGUGAAUUUGCCAUUUUAUUAAUUCUGCAAAAAUGAAGGUGGACCUUACCAUGAAUGAUCGCAACAACCUGCGAUUUCAAGCACUUUACGGAGCACUUGUGCCCCAGAUUGCCCGUCAGGUGCCCUUCACUGAGCCGGAGGUGUCCUGUCUCCUGUUGAUCUACUACAAGUACAGCCUGCAGAAUGGCCCCAGCUCACGACGGAUAACAAACGUUCAGUUUGGAAAGAUUGUUAUCGGGUUUCAGCAGCUGUACGAUAUGGACGUGGUGGAUCGCAUCGUGACAUUGAUCACAGGCGAUAGAAAAUAUGUCACACCCAUGGAGUUUAUCCAGUAUAUGACCAUCGUAAUGACUUGCGACAUAGAGCGCAAAAUGGAUUUUGCAUACAUGAUCUAUGAUAAAUUUGGCUUGGGUAUUAAUCGCGAGGUAAUUUCCAAUGCGGUGGAGAAAUUCUUUCCCGGGGAAGAUGACGAGGUACUCGAGAUGCGAUUGGACAUGGUCGAAUUUUUAAUCCUCAAAUUUGAUGAAGACCAAGAUGGUAUCAUCACAUUUGAUGAGUACAAAUCGGUCGUGUUGCGACAGCCGCAUCUGCUCGAGUUCCUGGGUCCCAUUUUUCCCUCAAAAGAGAUUCGACAGGUGAUCGCCUAUUGUUCCGCCUUAUACUCUCACAUUCCAGAGCUAAUCACGAUGUAGCUCUGGUAUAUGUAGAGUGUUUGGCGGUCUGCCAGAACGACUUCCUCGCCGCAUAAAUCUUUCAGGCACAAAUAAAUCGAAAGCAAUGCAAAUCAGUGCGCCCCGUCGCCGCGUUUCCCCAUGUUCACCCAUUGUAGCCACUCGAAAAUGUCAAUGACAAUGAUGAUGAACUGCAAAAUAGAGCGCUGACAGCUGCAACUAGACGCUGGAUAGAUGGAUAGAAAGAUGGCUGAAUGGAAAGUAUAUAGAGGACCACAGCUGCCUCAGAGCCACACCAGAGAAAAAAGCGAAUUUCAUCCUCACUAACCCAUAAUAGUUAGAUGAUGAAGUGAAAUGCAUACUUACAAAUGUCUAA